AUGAGGCUUGACCUGAUCGGCUGGAUUAUUGACGUGACAAAUUGCAAGUGUUUUUCGUCUACAUUUCCACGGGUACUCCGACAGUCCGCCGAAAACGAGACCUUUUCUCCGGCCCACAAACUAGACACACGAGGCCCCCAAUACCGUUCGCCAGUCGGCCACCCACUCACUGGGCCCACUCUGGUGCUUCACCGGCCAGGCCGACCAAGCCAGCCAGCCAGCCAGGCCCCAACAGGACCAGCCGAUUUCACCCUCAAAACUCCGACAAUCGCCAUGGUGACCGAGAUCGCCGGACCAACUAAAAAUUAG